AUGGCGCUGAAAGUGCCGCGCGCGGGCGGCCCCAACCUGUUCAAGGAUGGAUACAAGCAUAUGGAAGGCAUCGAAGAGGCCGUUCUGCGGAACAUUCAGGCCGUAGGCGAGCUGUCGAAUAUCGUGCGCACGUCCUUUGGCCCGAUUGGGCGCAACAAGAUGGUCGUCAACCACCUCGGGCGCAUGUUUGUCACGAGCGACGCCGCGACGAUCAUCCGCGAGAUGGAAGUUGUGCAUCCCGCUGCGAAGCUCAUCGUCUUUGCCUCGCAGCAGCAAGAGGCCGAGAUGGGCGACGGCACCAACUUUGUGCUGAUCCUCGCCGGCGAGCUUCUGCGCAAGGCCGAGGGCCUCAUUGCGCUCGGCCUGCACCCCACCGAGAUCGUGCAAGGGUUUGCCCUUGCACGCGACCGCGCGCUCGAAGAGCUCGAGCACCUCUCGCUCGCGACGCUCUCGUCGCCGCCGACGCAAGAGUCGCUCGCGCUCGCGCUGCGCCCCGCGCUCGCCUCGAAGCAGUACGGCUCGGAGGACGUCCUUGCGCCGCUCGUCGCGCAGGCCGUGCACCUCGUGCUCCCGUCGCAGGACACGCUGCGCGACCUGAGUGUCGACAAUGUGCGUGUCGUCAAGAUCAUGGGCGGCUCCCUCGCCCAGAGCCGCGUCGUGCGCGGGAUGGUCUUUGGCCGCGUGCCGGAGGGCUCGGUCAAGACUGCGCGCCACGCCAAGGUCGCCGUGUACUCGUGCGGCAUUGAUAUCUCGCAGACCGAGACCAAAGGCACUGUCCUCCUGCACAAUGCAAACGAGCUCAAGAGCUUUUCGCGCGGCGAAGAGGUGCAGCUUGAAAAAGCGCUCACCGAGAUCGCCGAGGCGAACGUCAAGGUGGUCGUGGCGCAGAGCACCGUCGGCGAGCUUGCGCUGCACUACCUUAACCGCCUCGGGAUCUUUGUGCUAAAGGUGCAGAGCAAGUUUGACCUGCAGCGCCUCUGCCGCCUGCUCGGUGCGACGCCACUCGCGCGCCUCGGCGCGCCGACCGCCGAAGAGGCGGGCUGGGUGGACACUGCCGAGACGACCGAGAUCGGUGGCGACCGCGUCACGGUGCUGCGCCAGGAAGAGGACCAGCCCGGAGGCAAGUCCAAGCCGCGUCUCGCGACGAUUGUGCUGCGUGGCGCCACGACGUCGCACCUCGACGACCUCGAGCGCACGAUCGACGACGGAAUCAACGCGGUCAAGGCGCUCACGCGCGACCCCCGCCUCGUGCCGGGCGCCGGUGCGAGCGAGAUUGAGCUGGCGCGCCGCGUGUUUGAGUACGGCGAAAAGACCCCCGGUCUGAACCAGCACGCGAUCAAAAAGUUUGGCGAGGCGCUGCAGGUGAUCCCCCGCACGCUGGCCGAGACCGCGGGCCUGGAUGCGACCGAGGUCGUGAGCCGGCUCUUGGCGAAGCACGCGUCGUCCGACGCGGCGGACCUGGGUGUGGACGUCGACAACGAGGCCGACGGCACCGUCUCGACGGUGGCUGCGCAGAUCUUUGACGUGCUCGUGGCCAAGCACUGGGCGAUCAAGUACGCGACGAGCGCCGCGAUCGACGUGCUCAAGGUCGAUUCGAUCAUCAUGAGCAAGGCGGCGGGCAUCAAGGCCCCCGGCAAGAACCCCAACUGGGACGAGGACUAG